GAAAUAUUAUAUGUUAGGUAUUAAUACAAGAAGUAUAUAUUUGAGCCUAUUCAUAUGAAUGUUAUCAAAUCUUAAAUAUAACCGACGAGGAAUGUUAGAAAUGGAAGUCUCCUGUACACUAGAUGAAGCGAGUCAUGACAUAAACUUUUCUGAACACUGUCAAUUUGAGGAAUAUAUGUGCAACGCCUGCUUCCGGCAUCAUCUCAUGGGUAAAAGGAAUAGAAAUUAUGAAUUGAUUGAUAUGAAUGACCCAUGUAUUGCUGCAAGGAACAUUUCAGAAGAAGUAGAAAAAUGUAAACAGCACAAUAAUAAGGCAAUUAAAUUCUACUGUCGUAAACAUGAAAGUGUUGGGUGUGGUGACUGCAUUUUAUCGGAUCAUAGUACAUGUAAACCCGAAUACAUAAAGGACUUAUCGAAGAACUUUCAGGAAAUCCAAGAUUUUAUCGACUUGGAGAGAAAAAUUGAACAACUGGAGCGUGAAAGCCAAGCAAACAAUGAAAAUAUUAAAAAAAAUCGAAAAGAGUUUAAAGGAGUGCACGAAGAAGUACUAACCGAGAUAAGAAAGUUUAGAACAGAUAUCAAUAUCUAUCUAGAUAAGGCAGAAGCAACAAUCAUAUCUGAAAUGAAACAAAUUUUGUCCGACAACGACAAACUCCUUCAGAAUCUAGGCAAUAAUUGUUCAUUAAAUUUGUCAAAAAUUGAAGAUUUGAAGCAGACACUUGACCCAACUGUCCAUACAGAAAAUGCACUGUUUAUACAAACAGUACGUAGCAAAGCAGGUGUUCUGGAAAUUGAACAUGAGCUUUCAAAAUCUAUAAAAUCAAUAUGCGAAAUCAAGGGUUAUGAAUUUGUUCCUAAUCAAAAACUGUCCAGUAUGAUCGAAUCUAGAGAAAAUCUUGGCAAACUGAAUAUUUCAAAAAUAAAUGAGAAUACUAGGUAUAAUGAAAUCACACAACUGGAAAUGAACGUUGCUACAUUAACAUUUGUGGAACCAAGGAAGCAAAAGAAGACAAUGCAACAGAAAACACAUAGACAAACUGGUGUGAGACGGCCAUAUGUUUAUGUCGGUGCUCGUGUUCAAGCAGAAACUGAUCUUGACUGGUUCUAUCAUGACUGGCAGAAAGGUACUGUAACAGCUGUACGUCCAAAUGGAACUGUCGACGUGAAGUGGGAUGAUACAGGAAGAACUGUAUGUGGUUACACAGUAGGACUGGGACCGACGAGUGUUAGUCUUAUCUAAGAAAAUUUAACUCUGUAUUAAACAUGUAUAUAAAUUCAUGGGAACACUUUCAGACAACAUUUAGUCUUUGAAAUAAAAGUUAACAUAUGUAAGUAAAGAACAUUAACUUGAUGUGUGAUGUAAAACGAUGCGCGGUAUUAGAUUUGUAAAACUGACUAUGGUUUACUAUAACGCUACAUAUAUAAUUAUAUAUUUUUGUACAAAAUAAUGGAACCUCUAAAUAUCUAUAUAUUAGCAGACAGUAUUGAUGAACUGGUUCUGAAUGUUUUUUUUUUUCAAUUUAAACAAUAUUUUUCCCCAUCUACUGUGGUAUGUUUAUAACAUGCACUUAUUUUUUUUAGAUUAUAUUAUCUUUCGCGCACAUCUUAUCUCGUGCGCAAUACAUCUUAUUUCGAGCGCUCGUCGUCUUAUAUCGUAAACACGGCAUCUUAUCUCGAGCGCUCGACAUAUUAUAUCGUGCUCACGACGCCUUAUCUCGUGGGCACGACAUAUUAUCUUUCACACGACAUCGAGAUAAGCUGUCGAGCGCUGCGAGAUAAAAUGUCAUGCACACAAGAUAAUAUGUCGGCGUGCACACGAGAUAAAAAGUCGUGCGUCCGAUAAAAUAUUGUUACGAGCUAGCUGGUGGUGUUUGCUAUUACUUGAUGGCUUCUUUGGUAGCGUAGUAGUUUAUAGCUGGAUGUGGCCUUCAGCUGUUAAUAAGUUGGCGUGUGAAAGGUUUGGUCGGUCAACUAAUUAAAGUUCUAACUUAUCAGGCAAAUAACUAAUAACACCGCAUAAACAGUUAAUUAAGUUUAUUCAUGUAUGUACUUGCAAUAUUCCUCAGAAUGACAUCAUAAAAUGUUAUAUUAUUCACAUACAUAUUAGACUGAAACGACCAUAAGGUGUAUUAAAUUCAAUAGUUAAAAUUUAUAAAAUAGCAAUGUAAUUAUGCAUUAUAAUUAAGGCUUUCCAUACUUCUUCAAAGAUGAGUGCAUGUGCACUCAGUAACAUGACAUUGAGAAUUGUACUAAUAUAGCCAAAAAGUUAUGCUAAGAUAUAUGUAUAAUGUUCCCAUAAAUGAUUCAAAUUUGCUGGUAUGUAAAAUUACUCCAUAUAGCCAAUAAAAAUUGCUUACAAUAAUGUUACUUAAUUUUUAUACUGUUAUAAUAAUCAAAGAUAAUUCUCUUAAGACACUAUAAGCAAAAUGUGGCCUAUCUGCUUACUAUUCCGAACUCAAGUGACCCCAAUCGUCAAAAUUUGGACCCUUUUAUACCAAAGGCUCAACCACAACCCACCAAAAAUUGGUUGAAAUGGUUAAAAACAGUUAAAUCCACCACUUUGGUUGGCGGUUGCAGACAAAAAUGGUUGGUGCCAACCAUAGCUACAUGUAUCAACCAUAAAUGGUAAAACUACUUAGAACUUACUUAAAAAUAUUUAACUAGAGAAGAACUGAGAAAAUGUGAUUUGAUUUUCUCUAUAAAACAAUUAAAAUAUGAAAUUCCAGUACCUUAGAAUGGUUUACAAAGGCUUUUUGCAGAUGAUACAAUUUACAUAAUGUUACAAGUACUUUGAUUGUCUUGACAACAAGUUAACAAACCCAUAAUGCAUCAGUACAGCUCAGCUUCCUGUUGACAUUUAAUACAUGUGAAAUUGAUGCUUAAAAAGUUUAAAGGCUACAACAUCAUCAAACGAAGGAUUUAUGCUAAAUUACUCAGCAAAAUGAUGCAGAAUUAAUAAGCCUACAUGCAUGAAAAAGGAUUAAGUCCAGGAAUAAGAAGAAAUAGUGAAAAUUCAACACAAAACUGAUGUCGUGAAAACAGAUAACUGCAGAUAAAAGUAUAAACAUUGGUUUCUAGAGUCUCUGCAAACAACCAGUAUAUAACCUGUAUCAAUGAGCUUUAGUGUUUUGAUAUUUUGUCAAAAUACAGUUCAUUGUGCAUUUUAUGGCUGGUGAUAAUCAACGAUAGACUAAAACAUAAACAGAUGAUGGUUUCAUGAAACAAGAUUACAGUCUGUACUGUGAGUAUAUGUUAAAUUGAUAAUUGCACAAUGUCUUAUUGAUGAUCGUAUCAAUAUGUCAUGCGCACGAAAUAGUAUGUCGAGCGCAAUACAUCUUAUUAAGAUGUCUUGUGCACGAGAUAAUGUAAUCUGGAGAAAAAUGCAUAUAGAUAUCAUAUUCUGUUGUAUGACUUUAGUAGCAAAUAGCUAAUUUGUGCAAGCAACAUAUUGUUUUCAUAAAAUUAUAUUCAGGUUAAUUCUAUCAAUAUAUGUUUUUAUUAACACUUAAUACCUAAUGAGUGUCACGUAAUAAUAUUAUAUGUAUAUUGGAUUCCUUGAAAAAUUAGAAAUAAUCUAUUUCAUUUGCUAUUUAUCUUAUUCUUCUUUUGACCUUGGCAUAUGGUCAAGUAGAAUGUAAAAGUCCGUGUACGUGUGCUUAUUUACGAGAUGCUUGCACAAGAUUUAGGAAAUGUGCGGAUUUCUCAUUAUUCUAAAAUGUAUGAUAUCAUUUAAUCUUUAGAAAAUCGUAAAGUUGCCGGGUAUAUAAAUAACGCACCAGGUGCCGUGUUUUCGUGACAUGGUUUACGUUUCCGUAAGCCAAAAUACUGACGUUAUUCUAUGUUUUCCCGAUUAAUGACGUUGUUACCUGAGUUCUGAUUAAUCAAACUUGCAUAACCGAUAUUUUAUUUCAAAUGUCAGUAUAUGCAAUGUAAGGCAACACGAUCGAUCUGGCUGAAAAAAAAAAUCUUACUAAAAUAUGAUCUGAAGCCCAAACACAAUAUUUUAUUUUUCUACUUCUUGAAAAACCUGACUUAAAUAUUUUUUUUACAUCAGCCAUGCCUAAGUAGCCUUAUCUAAUUCUUUGAAUAAUUCUUUUGAAAGGAAAUUGAUGAUUAGUUUAACAUACUAAUUAUUUUAGCUCGAUUGUGGUAAACUCCUUAAGCUUAUUUGAACCACUCUCGAGUCUGCUUCCUGAAACAGCUGGUGUUUUAUAAGUAGACGCGGUCGUGACCCCAAAUGGGCUUGAAAGCCGCGGCACUUGGUUGGAUCACCACUAGACCAUCGCUUCCCUAAGAUUGAUGAUUAAAAGUACCAAUGACGUUCAAAAGAUGUUUUGCAGCGCUCGCAGCAAAUAUAUUAUGUCUAAAUGUUAUUUAUUCACACAUAUGAAUCUAAGUUAUUACAUAAUUUCAAUUGUAUAUUAUAUACGCAUAUGUAUACAAUGUACACAGUUUAUAUGCGAUUGUAUACAUUUUCAUCAUAACUGAUGCAUGGGUAAUAACGGCCUUUGAAUGUUGGAUUUUUGACCUUGAUUCUUACGAUAAUGACUUUUAUCCCGGGAUUCCAGCUUAAUAUACAUUUUAAUUUUAAAUAUAGACUCCUAAUUCAUUGAAAUCAAGGCUCUGAUCAGCUGUUAGUAAGCCGACCUGACGUCAACGAGUUACCAUGUUUUAACAGUAUUGAAAUAAGGGAGGUAACAUAGUAUAACUUAGGAGUGCGUAAACGUCUCGAAAUUUAAUCUGUGCACAAAACUAAUGAUUCAGAGAGCGUACAUUACGUGUAAUACUUUUUCUGGUAUACCUUUUGGAUUCUGAAAAGUCUUUCAUAUGAAAUAUGAGAACAAAUGCGAUGACACUCUUUCUCUUCGCAUGUAUGACAAUAAAUGGUAUGCGCAUGAAAACGUGGCGUCAGUAUUGUCGUUUCAGUGAAAUUCCUUAUGGAGUGUAUGUAAGAAUAAUUGUUAUUUGAUCGUUUUGAAUUUUACAAAAAAAAGAAAUUUCGAAGAAAGUAUUCAUUGUACAUAUUAUUUUCAUUCUUACCUAAUAACAUUUUACAUGCAUAUGCAAUAUGUUAUUGUAGACAGGGUGCUUCAAACAAAGAAUAACCGUGUUUUGAUACUAACAAUAUAUUAUUAUAUGGAACAUUAACUUGCUAGAUGCUGUCCCUCUUGCAAAUUAUUGUACGUUAUGUAGAACAAUCAGUUACCAUUUUAUGAACUUUACUAGCACAGAGCUAAUUUGUGCAUACAUAUUGUUUUCGUAUACUUAUAUUUGGAUUUAUUAUAUCAAUAUGUAUUUAUCAUCAACAUUUGAUAUCAAUUUUAUAUGUAAUUGAUUUUCCUAGACAAUGAGUGUUACGUAAUAGUAUUUUUGUAAAUAUUUCAAUGUAGUAUAACACUGGAUUCCUUUGAUAAUUAGAUAUAUGUUUACUUUUACUAUAAAUCAUCUCAUGUUGAGGCUCAGUAUCAGAGCGAUGUCACGUGUCAUAUGUUCAUAUGGAAUGUAAUGGUCCGUGUGCGUUAGCUUAAUACUGAAGAGAGUUUUGCACAUAAUUCUGCGGAUUUCACAUCAUUUACACUUUUUGCAUAUUAUUUUAUAUUUAGACAAAUAGUAUGUUUGGCAGGUUAAUAGAUAAUGCACAAGCUGUCAAAUUUCGUGACAUAGUAAACGUUUCCAUACGCCAAGAUAAAUCGAGAGUUUAUGUUUUCAUUUCAAGCAAAUUUGUCCACAGCCAAUCCAAAGUAGCCUUACUCAAUUUUUAAAUUGUUAAUUCUUUUGAAAUAUAUGAUAAAAAGUACAAAUGUCAUUUCAGUACAUCUUUACGUUUGAAGAAACUAUUUGACUUCAGAAGUUAUUUCUUUAUGGCAUAUGUACGUCAUUAUAUCGUUUCAUUCAUUUUUUGUGUAUAUGAUUACAGUUUAAAUGCAUGUGAAAACAUUUCCAUAAUGAUGACGCAUGAGUGAUAACGUUCUUUGAAUGUUUGACUUGUCCUUGAUUCGUACAAAUAUUAUUUAUUUUUUUGGGUCCCAGUUGAAUAUAGAUUUUAAGGCUAAGAUUUCUAGGUCAUUGAUAGGACUAUUUUUGGCUGAUAAAAAUAUCAUCUAAACGUGACCCCUUACCAAAAUUCAAAUGAGGUCUGUCAGAUUAAACGGCUAAUUUACAAAGUUUUAAUUGUAUAGAUCAAAAUAUACAGGAUAAGCUUCUUAACUAAAAAUUUAAACUUUUCCAUUUAUUUUAAGAAUAAAUCAUUAAUACUAUAUAAUCACUUUUUACUACGUAUUUUAGAGUAUAUAAAUGCUAAAAUUUUGCUUUAAAGAAUAAAUGUAUAAAAUAUAAUGUUCAUUUUAGACAACAAACCAAAAAGUUAAAAAUAAACAGCUUUUUUUCUUUAGGCAAUGUACAUUUUAGCCUUGUUAACCUUGAGAAUCAGUGCAUUCUAACAGUAUAUUUUGAAUCUAAUUUAGAUAUACAUAUUUAAUCAGUUUACAUGUCCUAAAAUAUUUUUGAUAAUUGAAAUUGAAGCUGGUAGAUAUCAUGGACUAGUUAGAAAAACUAAAUCGUAUAUUCAAAUACUUUAAUCGAAUUGCUUUUGAAAUACAAUUUUCUUCUUUGUAUUUCAUGUUAUUAAAACUUAGGUUUGGCGUUAUCUCUUGGCAAAUUAUGAGUAUUUUGUGAACGCCAUAUCAAGUAAGAAUAAUCUAAAAACUUUUACUGUAGAGACAGAAGCAUGAAUGAAUCUUUUGAUACAUGUAUCCUUGGAAAUGUGUCUGUUUCUGAAUAUGUAGUUAUGUUACAUUUUGAUGAAUUAUUGUUUAUAUGUGUUAUGUGUAUUGGUAAUAUUUUCGCAAAGACUAUUCUGGAUAACAUAUGUAAUGUAUUUGUCGAGUUGCCUGAUUAAACUGAUCUGAAAAAAAUAUACCUUUGAUCCAUAGAUAUAAACUUUGAUAUACAAAGUGGUUAAAAUGCUAUCAAUAUAGUUACACAAACACGCAGAUUUUUUUCAUGUUUUAUUUGAUAUGUUGAUAUCAUUUUAUAUGCCUCAUGUGCUACAUACAUUAUAUCAUAAACCUAUG